AUGAAGGGCUUGCUAAGUACAUUUGAUGUGACUCAAACUGCAAAGCGAACACGUGAGAAUAUAGCCGACAAAGCAAAAGAUAUGAAAGAUAGUGGUGAUUCGACCACUAAUUCACUCAUCUCAGAGCUCGGUCGUGAUCUCUCAAUGGAGUACUUAGCGUGCUGUCCAGGUUUCAAGUCCGUUAUCUUUGGUGGAGAAGAGCUUUAUAAGCUACGGAGGCAGUUAGGCAUCGUUGAGCAUUGGGUUUACUUCUCAUGUAAUCGCGCAGAAUGGGAGGCCUUUGAUACAGUUGGGUAUAAAUUUAGGAGUUUACCACCCAUUCUAGCCAGUGAAUGUUUCAAGUGCUGUGACAUGGAGUCGCUAGCUGUGGCUACCAAACUUCUCGUCUUCGGUAGGGAAGUCCAAUCACUUAGUGUUUACAAGUAUAGUGUAGUAACGGACUCAUGGGUGUAUGUAGUGACUCCAAACACCCCAAGAUGCCUAUUUGCCUCUGGCAACCACAACGAGAUUGCUAUCGUGGCUGGUGGUUGUGAUUCAAAAGGGAAGAUUCUAGGCUCUGCAGAAAUGUAUAAAUCGAAUACAGGAAUGUGGCAACCUCUCCCGAGCCUAAAUACACCAAGAAAAUUGUGUUCAGGUGUAGACGGUGAAGUUGGUAACCCGAAGGUGCUUACAUCCGGCGAGGUAUUUGAUAUGAAGACCAAUGUUUGGGUGGAAAUUCUGAACAUGCUUCCUGGACACAUUGUAGAAGGAGUUGAUGAGAAUGCUCUUGCAGCCACGAGGUCGCCUCUUUUACUUGCUGUUGUGAAGAAUGCGUUAUACGCGGCAUAUCAUGAGGAAAUGCUUUUGAAGAAAUACAACAAGAGCCUCAAUAUUUAG